AUGUUCUCAAAAUGGCGAAACGCAACUGAUAAGGUAAGAAAGCUUGUAUUAGAAAACCAAACUUGCUUGCCUUUCACUCGGUGUUUUAGAAACCACGUAAACAUGGUAGAGCAGCAGAGUUCAUCUUCUAAAGUUCAAGCUUUAUACGAACUGUGCAAAAAGACCUUUACACCCUCUGGGGUGCCUGCUUCUUCUCAUGCCAUCCAGAAACUCUGCUCUCUUUUGGACACGGUCGGCCCUGCUGAUGUAGGGCUUAAAGAGGAACAUCAAGAUGAUCGAGGGCAUGGCUUUCUUGGACUUAGUCGGUUGAGUAGCGUUGUGCGAUGGGCUCAACCAAUAACAUAUGUAGAUAUUUAUGAGUGUGAUAGUUUUACGAUGUGUAUAUUCUGCUUUCCUACUUCUUCCGUUAUUCCACUCCAUGACCAUCCUAGUAUGACUGUUUUCAGCAAAGUUCUAUAUGGUUCUUUGCAUGUGAAAGCUUAUGAUUGGGUUGAGCCUGCCUGUUACCAAAAAAGCAAGGGGCCUGGUUAUCCUGCAGUAAGGUUGGCAAAGUUGACAGUGGAUAAAACUUUGACAGCUCCAUGUGGGACGUCAGUAUUGUACCCAAAAAGUGCUGGGAAUCUGCACUGUUUCACUGCCGUCACCCCUUGCGCUAUGCUUGACAUUCUUACACCUCCUUAUAGUGAAGAUGCAGGCAGAAAAUGUACUUAUUACCAUGACUAUCCUUAUUCCACUUUCUCUAUAGGAAAUGGAGCUGAGAUAGGUGAUGAAAAAGUAGAUGACUAUGCAUGGCUUGCAGAGAUAGAAACACCUGAUGAUCUUUAUAUGCGCCAAGGAGCAUACACAGGACCACAUGUUCAGAUCGCGACCCAGGAUCAUGCUAUUUUUGAGUCUAAGUGCAAUAUCCCGACUGGAGAGGUGAUUGAAAUGCUGAAGUUUGAGCUUGAUGGAUGA